AUGGUAGACGAAGCCCCCCGCAAACGGUCGCGCUUCGACCAGACCGAACCCGAGCCACGAAAGGCCUCCCGCUUUGACCGGCGCUCUCGAUCUCCUGCUUCGCGCCAUAGCGAUACCCGGAGAAGUCGCAGUCCGCUCACGAAAGCUAGCCAAAGUCCCACAGCGAGUGAGAAGCGCAGCACGCCUCUAGAUCCAGCUGCUGCCGCAGCCGCGGCGGCUGCGAAGAUCAAUGCCGAGCUGCAGGCCCGCAGGGGCAUCCAGCACGUCGACGUCCCUCCUGUUCGAUCGUCGUCGACACCGACUCCCGCUCCUACUCCUGCGACGCCUUCCUCAGGCCACAGUGCGCCCAAAGUCGACGGUGAGAUCUACAUGGCCGACGGUGACUAUAUCAAGGACAUUGAGGUCAACGACCUGCGCAACCGCUACACUUUGACCAGAGGCUCAACACAAAAGAUGGUAAAUUUCCCUCCUCGCAUCGUUGCGCUUGGACACUUGGUUAGCAGCCGAGCCGUCUCCAGCCGCCAACGACCGCCCAUCUCGGUCGACGACCACUCAUCAAAGAAGAGACAGGAGCUGGUAUGCUUCCCCCAGCAAAUCUUUGUUGUUUCGCACAAGACUUACCCUUAUUCUGAAGAUGUCACAACGCGAGGUUCCUACUUUCCAGACAAGUCCAUGGCUACGGCAACGAAUCCGCCCUUGUAUCUGCACGUCACUAGCACCACUAAGGCUGGGCUGGAGAAGGCGGUUGCGAAGAUUGAGGAGAUGAUGAAGCAAGAACUGCCUCCCCUGGUUGAUGAAAGACGUUUCCGCCGAAGGGAGCCAGAACAAGUCGAACGAGAUGAAUUUGGCAGGAGAAAAUGGCCCGAAGAGCGAAUUCCCAUCGACAUGGAAAACAUUCCCGGCUUCAACCUGCGCGCCCAGGUCGUUGGUCAAGGCGGCGCAUACGUCAAACACAUCCAACACGAAACCGGAUGUCGGGUCCAAAUCAAGGGCCGCGGGUCUGGUUUCAUGGAACACAGCACCGGACAAGAAUCAGAUGAGCCAAUGUAUCUCCAUGUUGCCGGACCUCAACCCGCCCAAGUCCAGAAGGCCAAAGAACUGUGUGAGGAUCUGCUUGCUAACGUUCGCAUCAACUUUGAGCACUUCAAAGCGAACCCACCACCGCCGAGGAUGGAGUCAUACACUGAUGGUUAUGGAGCUGAUGCACAUCGCAGUUCUUACGGCGGCGGACACGGGAGAGACCGUGGCCGCGACAACAACUAUGCCCAUGGCAAUAACAGCUACAACUCUCCCUACAACGCUGGGGCAUCCGCCACCCCUACUCCUGCGCCGGGGACCGCUUCUUCACCAACCGAUUACGCCGCACAAUACGCUCAGUACUACGCAAGUCAACCAGGAGGCGACCCGUAUGCUGCCUACGGCGGCUAUCAGAACUAUGUUGCCUAUUAUCAAUACUACCAGCAACAGGCAGCUGCUUCUCAACAACAGUCUUCACCACCACCGCCGCCGGGAGAGUCGAAUCCACCGCCUCCUCCUGCGGACAGUGGUGCUGCACCACCGCCGCCACCGCCACCUUCAUCUGGCGGUGGCUAUUCGGCGGUGCCGCCGCCUCCAGGUUUAUGA